AAAGCAAGCGAUGAAAAAUGGUUUGCUUCAUUUACCAUUGUCUUAUCCAUCUCCCACAUCCCCUCGUUGCUGAUUACUUCCUUCACUGAAAGCCUCAAACAUCAAUAUCCAUUCCAAUUCCUCUCUGCAAAAUUCUCGAACGCUUUAAUGGCGUUGAGUUCUUGCUCCCCGUCUUCCAUUUCCCUUCGCUGCAAAAACCCUAGAACUGUUUUUUCUCUUACCCACAGACCAUUCCUUAUACUUGCUUCCUCUGCCGACGAUUCUCCCAGGCCUUCGCUUCGAAUCUCCACGAAUUCCAAUCCAAAAGCGCGCUUCAUCGCCCGGAGGAGCGAGUCCGUCACAGUUCGGCAGCUGGCGCGGCCUCUAAAUGAGUAUAUGAGUUUGCCGGCUAGUCAAUACUCGGUGUUGGACGCGGAGAGGAUUGAGCGGGUUGAUGAUAACACUUUUAGGUGUUAUGUUUAUAGGUUUAAAUUCUUUGCUUUUGAGGUUUGCCCUGUUUUGAUUGUUAGAGUUGAAGUGCAGCCUAAUGGGUGUUGUAUCAAGUUGCUCUCAUGUAAGCUUGAGGGCUCCCCAAUCGUGGUUGCACAAAAUGAUAAAUUUGACGCUUAUAUGGUGAACCAGAUAUCUUAUGAUGUGAAUCGAGGCAACUCACCCUUGCAGAAGCUCACAUCGGAGACUGUCAUUGAGGUUAACAUUGAGAUUCCUUUUGCCUUCCGCGCAAUUCCUAUACAAGCAAUUGAGUCAGCUGGGACCCAAGUCCUUGAACAAAUAUUGAAGCUUAUGCUUCCCCGCUUCACAGCCCAGGUUUUCUGGAAAACUUUCUCUUGUGAAGGACUAUCAAGCAUGGGCCUCUGGUGAUACAUCAAGGCAACCUCUUGGAACAGGUGAGAUCUGAGAUUCGUAUUUGAAAUCUAUGCCCCGAUUUCCGAAUCUCGAAGUUGUAUGUUUCCUUCGACAUUUUAUUGGGAGUCUAGAGGCUGCAAGAAAUGUGUACUAGGAGUCUAGGACCACUCAUUUAGGCUGUUUACGCUCCUAUUUGCAGUUUGUCAAGCCAAGACACAUUCUUCAAUAUUUGGCAUUAGUUAAACUUUGCUUUUUAGCAGGUUGAAUGAGUACAUGUAAAUUUCCUCAAGGUAUUUUAGUGAAAGUAUAGUCCAUGUAUGUCAUUUGAACUCUAUUUUGUAGUGAUUAAGAAAUAAUUUGGAUUUAUUGCUUAAAUUAUAAUGUUAAUUAUGUGUAUGACAUUUUA